CAUCUCUUGGGGGACAAAAAGUCCUGAAAGUGCAUUAGAGGAGAGUGCAGGCCUGAGCCAUGCUGUGCUGCAGACUUUGCUAUCUGCCAGCUCACAGCAAUGUGGAUGGAACAACUGGGACUACAGGGGCUGUAUCUCACUGCAGAGACACAGACCCCUCCUGGAGCACAGGGGUAUUUCUAUACCGAAAUCAAACUGUGUCCCCAUGAAAGCAGCAGCCCCGGCCAAGGUACUGCACAGAUUUCAGUGCUGCAUGUCAGAGCCUCAAACAUUUCAGCUCCCCAUAUCCAGAGCAGCCGACCCACAGGAAACAGCUGUGCCUCCACAGUGGGAUGUGGGUGCCCACAUCAGCAAACGGCUGCUAAGAACGAAACCCUUACAGGGAUACAGCAUCCUUUAAAUUUUCAUCCCUCCUGAGCUUUUCUGCUGCUUCCACCAAUGUCUCCAUCAGCAUCACAUCCCUUUGUUCUCCCCAGCCCUGAGCACAGCCACAGAGAGAGGAAUAGCAGAAGCACUCCUACUUUCGGGGCCCCCGUGUGCUGCUGAGAGCUGCCCCCGAGGGACGCCUCUCUUUCUGCUGCUUAGAAAAAAGCGACACAUCAGAAGUGGGUUUCGGUCUCAGCGCAGGGCGCACCGACCCCGCACACGUUUCCCUCGCCUCUCACAGCCAUGGAUGGGACGUGCCUGGGAAAACCAACAGUGAACAACUGCACCAACCAGCAGUACUGGGACAGCCUCCUGUGCGUGUGCAUCCCCUGCAGCCUCGUGUGCGGGCGCUCGGCUGUAUGGAGGUGCACGGCGCUGUGUGAGUCUGCAGUCUGUAACAGGAGAGCUGGCUUCUACUACGACGAGCUGGUGAAAAAAUGCAUCAACUGCAGCACAGUUUGUGGGCAGCACCCCAAGCAGUGCGAUGCAGCAUGUGGAGGAUCUCUGCUCGCCAGCCACUCCCCGCCAGCUGCCCUGAUCUCAGCAUCACCUCCUGCAGCUGCACUGGAGCAGAAGCUUUGUGUGGAACAGGAGCCAUGGCUGGUGGUGUACCUACUGCUGGGGCUCUGCCUCUGCGCCCUCAUCUGCUCCCUGGUGCUGGGCUGGACACACCUGCGGAGGAAGGGAGAGGUGGGCUCCUGCCAGGCCAGCACUGGGACCUGCCACUGCCGGGAGGACGCUGCCAAAGAUCACCUGGUGGAAGCAGGCAGCGUCGGUGAGGGAUCCAAGGGCAGCAAAGUCUCAGAGCCGGUGGAAACCUGCGGCUUCUGCUUCCCCGGCCACGGCUCCGCUGUGCAGGAGACCAAAGCUUGCCACAGCCCCUCCUGCCAUGCAGGGGAACGAGCUGCUGCCUCUCACGCUGGGAUAUGCAGCACGGGCAGUGCCGGGGCGAUCCCCAGCCCCAAUGAUGGCCACUUCAAAAUCAUAUGUUCCCCUUCACAAGAGAAGACACCCAUGGUGUGACUGCGGGGAGCGCUCCUGAACGGGGCCGGAAAGGAGGGCUGCUCCCCGUGCUGCUGGACCACAGCUGCUUCACCCUCUGCCUCCAGCACCCAUUUCCACCAGGAUGGGUGGACAAAGCACAGCCUCUGCACAAGGGCUGUAGGCCACAGACUGUUCUCUUCCACUCACCCGAAUUCCCAGUUAGCAGUGACUCCAUCCUUCUGCCCGACCUCUGUGGGCACCUCUGUGCAUCCCGGUCAGGGGCUGCUCAUCCCAGCUCCUCCAUCAGCACCACUUUGCCUCCGCCGAAGGAAUCGAUGCGCAGCCGUUGCCUCUGCCACACUGUCAUCUUCCGCCUUUAACUGAGCUUUUGUUCACAUGCAAGAAUAGAGGAGCUGUGUUGGGCACUGCUGGAAUGGGGUUCUGAUAUGAAAAGCCAUCCCAGGCUGAGAAGAUUCUGAAGUGCUCUGAGUUUUGGUCUGCUGCUGGUGGGGCUGCCUGACAGAACUGGGAACGGUGAUGCUCAAAAGCUGCUAUGGAAAACUGCGGGUUCAGUGCAUGUAACUAAGUUCUCACUAAAGGGAGGUGUGGGGCUUUUGCUUGGUGAGAAACGACUCUCAAGAGGAGAUUGAAGGCCUUGAGUUUCUUAGACCAGAACUUGAGACUUGAAAGAAUACACGGGAGUGUCAUCAGAUGCACGAAUUGGUGAUGGGAAAAUAAACAGCUGGAGAAACCAUGA